CGCGCCUCGUCGCGAGCGCGUUGUGCGUGUAAAGGGCGGCUUCCUCGACACGCGUCGCUGCUCUGCGCGGAGAUGGCCGUGCCGGACCCGGGCGCGAAGGCGGUGACGGUCAGCGACGUGCAGCAGCUGCUGAAGAGGAAGGACGACAUCGAAGCGCAGAUCAAGGCCUACUACGAGGUCCUGGAGGACCAAAAAGGGGUUGGGAUGCAUGAGCCGCUCGUGGAUGUUGAAGGGUAUCCGCGUGGAGAUGUUGACAUCUAUCAAGUCCGGACAGCAAGACACAACAUUAUCUGUUUGCAGAACGACCACAAGGCACUGAUGCACCAGGUGGAACAGGCUCUGCACCAGCUGCACGCCCGGGAGAAGGAGAAGCGGGAGAAGGACGAGGCGGAAGCCCAGGCCGAAGCCAGGAGCCAGAGGCAGGCCCUCCCGCAGCCUUUUGCCCGGGUGAACGCUGUCACUCCAGGCUCCCCAGCGAGCUUCUCGGGGCUGCAAGUGGACGACGAGAUCGCAGAGUUCGGCUCCGUGAAUGCCCGCAACUUCCAGUCGCUGCAGAACAUCGCCGCCGUGGUGCAGCACAGCGAAGGGAAACCUUUGAGUGUGACUGUGAUACGCAGAGGGGAGAAACUGCACCUUGGCCUUACGCCGAAACGUUGGAGUGGAAAAGGGCUCCUGGGCUGCAAUAUCCUCCCUUUGCAGAGAUGACUCCCAAGGGAGCGGGCCCGGGCUUCCGGCUGGAACAGCCACCCGAAGAAGCGGGAGCAUUUGGUGUCUGCUGCCAGAGACGUUCCCGGCGCUUGUGUGCAGUUACCGUGUGAAACUCUGCUGGUCCGUUCGGCUGGAGGGUCCUCUUGUGUCCUUCACACUGGGGCAAACAGAAGGCCAAAAGGACGGCUUGUCCCUCGAUUUUGGAAUCCGGCAAAUGAUCCCCUCGCUUUCUUUCCUGCUCGCUUGUUGGAGAGCACGCCGGUAAAUCGUUGCCCUGAUCCCGGUGCUGCAUUUUCCCUUUUCAUAGAUGGGUUGCAGACAUCUGCUCUCGGGUCCCUGGGGUGUGCGGGAGUGAUCGUUGAUGCUGAAUUUUGUAUUGUCAUAGAACAAAGUCAGUCUGAAUAAACCUUGAGUUUAAAACACUA